CAGUCAGAAGCCCUCCCCCUGAGCCUGCCCCGCAGCCUUCACUUCAAAGAGAGCGGCCGGGGCUCGGCAAGGCGAUCGAAGGGUCCGGGUCCUGUGUUAUCUGCUGCCACCACCACUCCCAUCAUGCAGAACUGCGACCUCGCGAUCUCACACUCUCAGCCUCGCGUCAUCCAGAUUUCACGCAGCGUGACAUUCAGCGCUUGCCACAGACUGCACUGUAACUCUCUAAGCGAUGAAGAAAACAAGAAGAUUUUUGGCAAAUGCAACAACCCGAACGGCCACGGCCAUAACUACAAAGUGAUAGUCACAGUGCGGGGAAAGAUUGACCCUGUCACGGGGAUGGUGAUGAACCUGACAGAUCUAAAGAAGUACAUGGAGGAAGCUAUUUCGGUUCCCCUGGACCACAAGAAUCUGGAUAAAGAUGUCCCUUACUUCAGAGAUGUUGUAAGUUCGGUGGAGAAUGUGGCUGUGUUUAUAUGGGAGGGACUCCAGAAGAGACUUCCAGAGGGGCUUCUCUACGAAGUAUGUGUGCACGAGACAGACUCCAACAGUGCUGUCUACAGAGGGGAAUGAAGCGUUCUGCCUUACAGAAGCGAUACCUGGAACGGACGCACCGCAAGCAUAUUACCGUUUGGGUCUGAGACAUGGUGUCUGUUUCAUUGCUGGGUGACAUGCUGGUCAUUCUUACGAUUUGGGGGCAAUUUUGGUUUUCUAAUUCAGGAUUUUACUGUCUCUUCCCACCAUUAUCUGACUGACACUCAUCUACUGGAUUAUAGCG